AUGGGUGCUUUAAUGUGGGCAGCAUGGUUUUGCAGAAAUAAGGUAAUAUUCAACAAUGAAAGAGUCAAUGUAGUCCUUGUUGCUGCUGGAUAUGCGAAGUUGGUAGAGGAUUAUGGUGAGUAUGUGAAGAAGGUGGGGUGUGUUCCUGUUGUUGGACGUAGCAAUGGGUUAGUUAGCAAUGCUGCUGGCUGGUUUUGUCCAACUAGUGGAGUGGUAAAGGUCAAUGUGGAUGCAUAUGUGUGUGCUGGUAGUAUGGUGGGGCUGGGGGCAGUGGUGAGAGAUGACAGGGGGAAGCUCUUGGUUGCUGGUGUAAAGUGCAUUCCUUUUACAACCCCUGCUAUUGCCGAAGGACUUGCUGCUAGAUAUGGUCUAUCAAUUGCCAAGAGAUUCGGCUUUAACAUUGUCCAUGUGGAGAGUGAUGCUACUAGUGUCAUACGUGGUGUCCAAGGCAAGAGAAGAGGUAUGACUCCAACUCACCUUAUUUAUGAGGAUAUUAGGCAUGAUAAAGCUUUUUUUGAUGUUUGCGUUUUUUCUCAUGUUAGACGAGCUUGUAAUACGGUAGCUUACCACAUUGCUAGGUGGGAUACCGGAACUUGUGAUGAACUUGUUUGUACUGAACCGUUCCCUCAGAGUACCAUUACUUUGGCGGAAUUGGAUUUAAUUUAA